UAUUACACGAGUCAUACACACAUUUCCAUUAAGGGCAGUGGGCGGCGCGCGCGCUCAGCCAGUGCGCGUCGGUUAUCAACCGUCCAACCAGCCAGCGUGCCAAAUCCAGCCGAAUCACGCCGAGCCGAGCCAAACCCGAUCCGAGCAUUUAGCGCUGCUGCCGCACACAGAGGCAGUGGAGGAGCAGCGAUGAGCUGGUAGCGCAUCUUUUACGCACCCGACCCGCCGUUCGUUCCUGCAAAUCCACAUAGCCCACUGCCGCUUUGCUUUUAAUUCUCACGCCGACACCAUGGAGACGGCGGUUCCCAGGACCGACGUUUUCAUCUCUCAGCUGCUCCUGUUCAGCCAAAUAGUGGUGGCAGCGGAGCCGCUGGUGCGAGGUCUGCGGAAGCUCCCCGAAGAUAUCGACUGGUCGUACUCAGGUGCACUAAACCAGCGCAACUGGGGGAAGAAGUACCCGUCCUGCAACAGUGGCAGACAGUCUCCCGUGGACAUCGACGAGACGUUCACCCAAGUCAGGCUGCAGUACCAGAAUCUACAGCUGGAAGGCUGGGACAAACUGACUGCAGAGUCCAGCACUAUUCACAACGACGGGAAGACUGUGGCCAUCAAUGUUGAAGGGGAGUUCUUCGUGAGCGGAGGAGGACUGAGCUCCAGGUUCCGCGUCAGUAGAAUCACCUUCCACUGGGGGCGCUGCAAUGCAACCUCAGAGGGGUCUGAACACAGCCUGAAUGGGAUGAAAUAUCCUCUGGAGAUGCAGAUCUACUCUUAUGAUCCAGAUGACUUCCAGAGCCUGGAUGAUGCUAUCAGGGAAGGAGGGAGGGUCGCUGCCCUGGCUGUGCUCUUUGAGGUCAGCCUGGAUGACAACGAGAACAUCACCCCUGUUGUAGAAGCUCUCAACACUGUCAGCAGGUUUGGUAAAAGCGGGUCGAUGGAAGGUUUCGCCCUGAGGUCCUUGCUGCCUAAUAACACCGAUAAAUAUUACAUCUACAACGGCUCCCUUACUGCACCUCCCUGCUCGGAAAUAGUGGAGUGGAUCGUCUUUAAAAACACUGUGGCCAUCUCUGAAACACAGCUCGAGGUGUUUUGUGAGGUGAUGACGAUGGAGCAGGCUGGAUAUGUGAUGCUGACAGACUAUCUGCAGAACAACUUCAGGGAGCAGCAGCAGCAGUUUAUGGGUCAGGUGUUCGCCUCAUACACCGGCGUGGAGGAAGUGCAAACACCCACCUGCAGCUCAGAACCAGAGAACGUCCAGGCCGAUGCCCAGAAUGACACCACCAUUGUGGUUACGUGGGAGCGCCCUCGCUUUGUUUACGACACGACCAUCGACUGGUACACUGUCACCUACCAGAGGCUGCAGGGCAGAGAGCAGAACAGGCAGGAGUACAGGACAGACGGGGAUCAGGACGUGGGUGCCAUCAUCCCCAGCCUGCUGGCCAACAGCAGCUAUGUGGUUCAGGUCGUUGCUAUUUGCACCAACGGACUCAAAGGGCGAUGGAGCGACCAGAUCAUAGUGGACAUGCCGUUAGAAGACCCUGAAAGUGAGUCUGAUCCCGACGCUGUCACAAAAGACUUUGGAGGAAACAACAAGGAGGUCUCGUCUAAAGGCAAAUGGGAGAAGCCUGACAGCCAGAACCGCUUAAAUUUAUCUCCAGACGACAACAGCCCCGUGGAGGAAAUCCCCCUUGAGCAGACCAAAGUUUACCAGAACCAGCCCAGUGACAAAACCCAGGCGAACCUCCCGGUCCCCGUCGGCUCUCGUACGACCCCAAAGUUCCCGUCCGAGUCCGCCGUCCUGCAGAAAACUCGACCGAAACAGAAUGUGAAAAAGAAAACGGGCCCCAAGAAGACCAAACCUGAGGAUGUGGAUCAGAACUGGAUUGAUGAGGACCAAAUGAUGACGACACAGCGGCCGUUCACUAACUCAGGUUAUGAUGGUAACGGUGCAAUAUGGGUAACUGAGGUCACUGAGCAGCCGGGCUUCCUGUUUCCAGUGGCACAGUCGAUCACACCGCCGACAAUCCGCCGACAAAUGACAGAAGAGGCCUCGCUGUCAGAGCCGCAGAAUCAGCCAACAGAUCAGGAUCCACCAGAACAAGGCGGUGAGAGCGGCCUCCCUUCUCCCCAGUCGGACCUCUCCACCAAUCCUGUUGAGGACAUCCAGGUCACAGACGUCUUCUAUGAAGACACAGACAUCAACGCUCCUCCAGAAACCGCAACCUCUCCAGGUAAUGAUGAUAUGGACAGAGUCUCCUCCGAAGACAGCGCUGAGCCUGUGAACAAGCCUCCACCGGAAACCAUCACUUCCUCUUCUUCUUCCAUCUGGAUCACAGUGAGGGCGGCCACCGCCAGCAACACGCUCGCAGAGUCGGUCUACAAAACGUUCACCACCUCGUCUCUGCUCAAAGUGCUGAUGCACACGACGCAGCCCAUGUUUAACACAGGGAGCAGCAACAGCAGCCACGAGUCUCGGGUCGGACUGGUGGGAGGUGUGGAGAGAGAGAAGAGGACGGUCGUCCCUCUGGCUGUCGUCUCAACUCUCACCAUCCUCUGUCUGCUGGUACUGGUGGGCAUACUCAUCUACUGGAGAAACUGUUUCCAGGCAGCUAAUUUCUACCCUGAUGACACCGCAUCACCUAAAGUCAUAUCUGUUCCGUCUACACCCCUGCUGCUGGCCACAGACGGUCACGAGCCGCUGACAGUGAAACAGUUUGUGAAACAUGUCAUGGAGCUGCACUCCACCAACACGUUCUCCAAGGAGUUUGAGAUUGUCAAAGAAUCCUACGAGGAGGUGCAGGCGUGCACGGUGGACAUGGGCAUCACUACCGACAGCUCCAAUCACCCUGACAAUAAAAGCAAGAACAGAUACAUCAACAUACUGGCCUAUGACCACAGUCGAGUCAAACUCUGCAACAGUUUGGACAGAGACGGGAAAUCUGGAGAUUACAUCAACGCCAACUUUGUGGAUGGUUAUGAGCGAACAAGGGCGUACAUCGCAGCUCAGGGGCCUCUCCGAGCGGGCAGGGAAGACUUCUGGAGGAUGAUCUGGCAGCAGAAUGUCGGAGUCAUUGUCAUGAUCACAAACCUCAAAGAGAAGGGACGGACGAAAUGUGAUCAGUACUGGCCCGACGAGAACCAAGAGGAAUACGGCCAAUACCAGGUGACCCUGAAAAGCAGCAAGACCCUGGCUUACUACACGAUGCGGACGUUCACUGUCCGAGAUACCUCAAAUAAGGCGUCUCAGAGGAGAGUUGAACACACGGUCCUCCAUUACCACUACACCCAGUGGCCAGACAUGGGCGUCCCAGAAUACACUCUGCCUGUCCUGUCCUUCAUCAGAGCAUCCUCCCAGGCGAGGACACAGGAGGUCGGGCCUGUUCUGGUACACUGCAGUGCCGGAGUAGGAAGAACAGGCACCUACAUCGUGAUAGACAGCAUGCUGCAGCAGAUCCAGGAUCAGGGUACUGUGAAUGUUCUUGGUUUUCUUAAACAUGUGCGAACACAGAGGAACUUCCUGGUUCAAACAGAGGAGCAGUACGUGUUCAUCCAUGACGCUCUGGUGGAGGCCGUCUUGAGCCGGGACACCUCUGUGACAUCUGACCUCCUCCACACUUAUGUGUCAGACCUCCUGACCCCCGGGCCGUCAGGCAGGACACGUAUGGACAGACAGUUUAAGUUGAUCAGUCAGCGGCAGGCGAAGCACGCAGACUACAGCACGGCUCUGAGAGACGGCAACGCAGAGAGGAACAGAGCCAGAGCGCUGAUGCCCGUGGAGAGAUCCAGAGUGUGUCUGACUGCUUCAGAAUCAAACGCCACGGGGUUCAUCAACGCCUCCUACGUCAUGGGUCAUCAUCACAGUAAGGAGUUCAUCGUGAGCCAGACUCCCCUGAGCAGCACGGUGGCAGAUUUCUGGAGGAUGAUCUGGGAGCACAACACACACACUGUCGUCCGCCUGCCAGACGCACACUGCCAGAAUGCGGAGGUGGACGCUUGUGUUUACUGGCCCAGAAAAGACCAGCCAAUGAGCUUCGAGGGUUUUAUUGUGUCACACAGGGGGGAGGAGCUUGUGAGCCUGUCCAAUAACGAAAGACUUAUGGUGCAGGACUUUAGAGUGGAGUCUACACAGAGCGAAUAUGUGCUGGAGGUGCGACAAUACAGCGCCCCCUGCUGGCCGAACCCAGACAGUCCAAUCAGGAACAGUUUUGAUCUGGUCAACACCGUCAAAGAGCACAGCAGACAUUCAGACAGACCCUCAGUUGUUCAUGAUCCCUUGGGAGGUGCCGUAUCGGGGCUGUUCUGUGCCCUCACCACCCUGUCCAGUCAGCUUGAGGAGGACGGAGCUGUGGAUGUCUACCAGGUGGCGCGGAUGACCAACCUGAUGAGGCCCGGGGUUUUUAACGAUGUAGAGCAGUACCAGUACCUGUACCGAGCCGUGCUGAGUCUGGUGAGCAGCCAGGAGGACCAGCGAUCCCUGCAGAAUCCAGAGACCAACGGAUCCGUUCCUCUGGGACAGACAAACAUCGCUGAGAGCCUGGAGUCCCUCAUGUAGACACACAAACAUGUUCCAGCUGGUUUCUUACCAGCACACACACGCACACGCACACACACACACACACACACACACACACACACACACACACCAGUGAUGGCUUGCUUCUGAGAUGACAGGUGAUGAUAUGUCGCCAUGUUGUGUGAGCGCUCUUUGACUCAUUAGUUAGUUAUUUUUGGAAAAGGGCUGCAGACGAUAAGGACCAAAAUCCAUUUAAAGAGCCUCAUUUUCAAAACAUUUUAAUGAAUGCUUAUUUCAGUAAAUUUAAUAAAUACACAGUUCUACUAGACUCUGUCCACUUUGAUGGCAGGAGAAACAACUUCAUGAUAAGAAAGAGGUACCAAAACAGCUUCACUGCCUUUCCAAUAACAGCCAACACACUUUCCAGCUGUGUGUGUAUAUGUGUGUGUGUGUGUGUGUGUGUGUGUUAAUGUUUGUGUGUGGUGAGCAUCGAGCCUAAAGCAGCAGAGCCAGAGCAUGAACUGGGAAACAAUAGGAAAAAACACAAGCGGGCUUUAAUUGAAAUAUAAAGAAUAUGACACAAAAUAAAAUCAUCUGUAUAAUUUGUAGAAAUUCUGAUCUAAUCUGAGAACAUUGGUUUUUAUGAAAGUUUUUUUCUUAAUAAUGUCAGUCAGCUGUUGCUGUGAUUUCUAUGGAAGUCCUACGAGGACAUGCAUCCAUACAUUUUGUUUUACUCCGUUCUCCUGUGAUAUCAACACAUUUCGGUUGUUUUCUUCGAGAUCUCGACUUCUGUAUCUUAUCUCAGGAUUACAACGCUGUUUUUUUUCGUGUAAAGAAAAGUUCAUAUCAGUCGUUCUUUCAGUAGAUCUUGAGAAAUCAAGUCGCCACCCUGGAAAAGUCAGCAUUGAUAUCCCAAGAUUACGACCUGAAUAUGUCGAGAUCACGAGAAAACAAACAGAAAUGACUCAGAUGAAAACAGUCUCAUUAAAAGUAUGGAUCUUUUUCUGCUCAUGGCGUCUAGAAAGUGCAAUCAAAAACCUCAGAUUUUAUUGUCUUUCACUUAUUUUUCUUUUUCAGACUUUUUUUCAGAUAUUUUUUGGGCAUUUUAGACUUUAUUUUAUCCAAUAGGACAUCUAAAGAGAGAGACAGGAAAUGUUGUGAGGAGAGAGCAGGGGGUCGCAUGCAGCAAAGGGCCGAGGUCGGAUUUGAACCCACAGCCGCUGCGACGAGGACUAGUCUCUGUGCAUGGGACACGUGACAAAACCGCUUGGCCAGCAGGCGCCCCAUAUUUCCAGACUUUUUUUAGAUUUAUUAAAACAAAAAGAUGCAUUUGGCGAAAGUAAAACAUUAAAGUAAAUAAAAUUAAAGAUCAGAUUAGAAGUCAAAGAAAUGAAGAAAAUGACUUUCUCCUAAACUUGUGUUUUUUCAUAAAGACAGAAUUAUAGACUCAAACCCACAUUCCCUUAUAUACAGUUACGCAUAUAUAUAAUAUGUAUAUUAUAAAUCUGUAGAUGCCUCACAUGCUUUUGAAUUUCUCUCUUCAUGCUGCUGCAGGCUCCGUGCUCUCUGGUUACCCCGUGCCUUCUGUAGUUCAUGUUCUAGUACUGACAACGUGUUUUGAUACUACUGAACGACUGUGUCAAACUAAUAUGCCAAAACAAUGAUCUGUGACUGUUUUCUAUUUUCUUAACAUCUCGUCGCGCUCGUUACCUUCAAAUAUAAAAGUCAAAGAGGGGGAAAUUCAGUCUGACUCCAAUGAUUUGUAAAAAAGAAAAAAAAGAAGCAAUUUGAGAGUUAAAGUGAUAUUACACAAAAACAAAUUCUAUUUUUAGAGUAUUAAACAUGAGAGUCACUUACAGCCUUACACGUGACUGGAAAAAGGGGCACAAUCAUUUUUGUCGUUUAACAAUAAAAUGAUAUUCAAUGAUAGCAGUUUUUCACAACGUGCAGAUGUACACGUACAGUGUGAUGUCACAAUGUUGCAAAUUUAAAGAUAAAGAAUCAAAUCAGUGGAAAGAGAAACAUCUGAACUUUUUUUUAUUUGUGGGAUUUUUUUCCUCUGAAGCCGUGAGCCGUGAUUUUUGGAUCCCCACACGUCCUCUGCUCUGGUGUCACUUUUGCUUUGACUGUUUGAAUACUUUCUUUGCGUCACACACGAUCAAAACAAACCUCUGAAUCCCUUUCCAAAACAACCUCGCCCGCUUCUGUCUGUGCCGCUUUGCCUCCACUCUGUAGCAUUUUUGCAUCCGUUGCUCUUCUGGGGAUACAAAACGGCACAAAUCAAAGAGGCUGCUGCGACUUGACCGGACUGUGAUGGAUCCAGAUCUAACUGUAACAUGUAUCAACUUCUUCUUUUCUUUUGUGUGUAAAUAGCCCUGAAUACAUGAAAAGGCCAAAUUACUGUAUGUUUAUACUGUACUUCUAUAUAUUUUCUAUUUUACUAUAAAAAGUGAUUUUCUAGUCAUUGACACAUAUAUAACUGUGCGGAUUCUAUUUGAUAAUUUUAGCCUGGAUAUAUUGAUCAUGUUUAUAGUUAUAAUCUCUUUUUAUCUUCAUGACAGUAGCAGCUAAAUGUCUCUACCUUUUAUCUCCAGCCGUGUAUAUAGCGACAGGUCAAACAAACUGUGUAUAUGAUUAAAAACACGUUCUUUUUCUGAGAGGAGAAAACAAAUAAAAAGUACUUGUUAUGACCUAAACCUACCUCUAACGUGUCUUUCUUCAAGUCUUAAACACACACAGACUCUGUGGACAGAUUUUGUAUCAUGCUUUUAUUGAAAGUUUAACACAUGAUAUUGCAUUGUCUCCCAUGAUGCACCUGCACAUGACAUUAUAGCAAAGACAAACAGAAGUUAACAAUCAAUGCACGACCACAACAGGUUAACAAAGCUGAAGUCAAAACCCCCCCAAAAA